GUCACUUUAGUGACUAUAUAUGCGCGAUUAAUAAACAAAACAUAUUCUUUAUCUAAUUUAUAUAUAGGUUUUCAGGAAUGGAAAACUUCAAUUUUAAGUAAAAACGCUGUAUUUUUUAUCCAUUCUACUGUCAAGAGGCUUUUUGUUUUUUUUGUUGGGUGGGUUUUUUGUUGUUUGGGUGGGUGGGUUUUUUUUUGGUGGCCGGGUGGGUGCGUGGGUGGGUGGGGGUGAGGUGAAGCCAGAACGCCGGGGGUGAGGUGAAGCUAGAACGAUUAAAUUUCCAGGAUAUUCUUUGCUUGCAAAUGACCUCACUACGUGUCAUUAGGCGCCAUCUUGGUUGAUUUUAAAGUUUUGUCCAGCCGUUUACAUCGAAAUAGUUGAGUUACUUUAAUAUUUUUGAUUUAAUUGUUUUGAAAAAAUCUUACUACAUUAUGGAUAGUUUACAAUUUCUGGUACAAUACGCAAAGAAUGAAGAAUAUAUAUUUUUAGUUGCCACGAAAACCAACCAAGAUGGCGUCGAUUGCAAACGAGCAAUAUGGUUGGAUUAACCAGAUUAUGUUAGGUGGACAUUAACCAAGAAUUAUAUUCCUGGUUAAAUUUAAGCAAGAAUCCUGGUUAAAUUAGCCAGGACUAUUAUCACGUUAACCAGGAUUGUGCAUCGGCGUACCGGAAGGAAAAACAUACGGGGGCGGAAAGAAAUUUGCCCGACUUUUUGGGAUUGUGCCCGACUAGCACCUAAAAAAUUUUUUCCGGAAAAAUUAUUUCGGGGACCUCCCCCCCCGUCCCCCAAAAUUUUUCGGUCAGUGUACCAUUUUAGGGGUCAAAAAAUUUUUCCGGACAUACCAAAAUUUUUCGGAACGUCACACAAGUUUUCCGAACAACACAAAAUUUAGCACAAAAUUGACUGAAUUUUCGACAAAUUGACAGAAUUUGUCCCAUUUAUUUUUAUUAGAAACCAAAAUUGCCCGACUGUUGAUCGAAUAUUGCCCGACUGCCAAAAAAACUGGGGGGGGGGGGGGCUACGGCCCCCCGCCCAGUACGCCUAUGGGAUUGUGGUUAAAUUAAUCAGGGGCCGGUUGUACAAAGGCCGGACAGCGCUAUCCACUUGAUAGUCAAAUUUUCAAUCGGAAUAAGCGUUUACUAACAUAGAUAAUGAGUUAUAUGGUUAUUCUAAUGAGUUUCACAGCCAUCUUCUCUUCGAUUGGCUAUGAUCAGGCUUGAGGGUCAAAAAUCGCUAUCCGGUGCAUAGCGCUAUCCAGCCUUCGUACAAUCUGCCCCAGGAAAUUUAACCUCAAACAUUAAUUAAAGUUACCCCGAAUAGGGUUAAGUACUAUUUAAAACACGAGUAGGAGUGUUUUAUCAGAUAUAAAACGCGAGGCGCAGCCGAGCGUUUUAUGUCUGAUAUAAAACACGACAACGAGUGUUUUGAAUAGCUUAAAAUACGACUACAAAAGAAUACUAAUUAGGAUGGACCAUUAUAUAAUCAUACUAAUUGGGAGAUAUAAAGUCACUCCACGUGACAUAUUAUGACUGACAUGAUUUGCCGUUUAUGAAUUAUUAAUGAGUAUUUUAAUUAAUUUUAUGUCGGGUGAACCAGGAAAUUUUUAACUAGUUUUUAACCACACUUUUUCAGAGUGUACAACAAUACAAGAGCUAUAGUUUUAUAUCUUCUUUUUUCUCUUCCACAGGUAACUCGCCAGGCAUCAUUUUGAUAUUUAUCUGGUUAACCUUACUACUGUUCGCGCUAUUUUUACCAAGUGAUCUUGCAGAAAACUCCGGAAUUAAUGAGAGAUUGGUUAUUGAGGAGAAGAAUGACCAUGAUCCUGCCUUUUCUAAAUCAAUCGUUGACUAUAGUCAUAAUGGUUCUUCUCCCUCGGCGAUGGUUUGUGCAGAAACAUCCGACAAAGUAACUGCGGUGGUUGAAGAAGAUAGCGAGGAUGAUAUUAGAUUAUCUAAAUCAGUCGCUGAACCAGGUUGUCGUCCAUCCUCAAUGGUUUUUUGUCUAUAUUAUCUAAUUUGUUUAUCUUUGUUUGUCUAUAUGGUUAUUUCAUUUUAUGUUCCAUUGCUGGCGAAAUACCAUCUUGGAUUGGGACUUACUUAUGUGAAGUUAAUUUACGUUAACAGUUCUUUGUUCGUUUCCGUUUUAUUCUUCGCUACCUCUCUCUUCUUGGAAAAAAUCUCCGAAAACAGUUUUCUUUUUGUUACAAUUUUUGCUCAGGUGAUCCCAAUUUCAAUCACGUUUUACUUCGGUCUUUCUUGGAACAACACGAUGUCGGUCAAUGAAAGUUAUCUUCUCGUUUGUUCGAUGUUAUUUCUAAGCGCCCAGUUCUUAAAUACCCCUAUAGCCUCGUCCGUGCUGUCGAAAAUCACACCAGUAAAGAGCGCUUCAUUUUAUCAAAGUCUUACGUACACUGCAGUGCAUUUGGGAAUGUGUCUUAGUCGUCUUGCAGCGGGGGCAACGUUUGGUAAAAUGGCAAUGAUAUACACUAGUGCUGUUCUCGCAUUUUUUUGGUUAUUUGGAAUAUUAUGGUUGGGUUAUGAAUAUCGCAACUUUGCUCGACUUGUUACUAAUACUGAAGUUUGAAAAUAUCAGUACUGCAUGGAUACGGCUCUUGUCUUAGUACUCAUGGGAACUUGUUUUAGUACUGUGUACUGAGGAUCAGCAAGCUACAAGCUAUAACCAGAUGCAAUGCAGAAGCUGUGAAAAUCCUUGAUUUCAUUGGUCAAUAUAAGCAAUCCAAACUUUGUCUUCGCGUCCUAAACGGAGAUAAAAUUGUAAUGUAUAGCUGAGACUUGAAGUGUUAAUUAAAAGUACUGUACAUAACAAUAUUCAACUGUUCGAUCUCCAAAAGUGU